CAAACAGCAGAGGACCCUCUUCUUCUUGGCUUGGACAGUACUCAUACGGCACCCGAUGAAAAUGCAGAUUUUAUCACCUCAUCUGCUGCACCAUGUAGUAGCCUGUUCUCUCGACGAUUUAAUAUGCUUGCUCGACUGCAAGAGGCGGCAUCAGGAGAGAGCUCAGAGCCGGCUGGACUGCUUGGCUGGGCCGUCGAUUUACUAACUAAAGCGUUGCCUGCGGCAGCUGCUCAGGCUGGCGCUAUUCGCGAAGCCCUUGAAGGCGAGUACCCCAAAUUAUUACGUCUCUUCUUAGAUCUACAGCGCCGUCUCGACUCCACCUCAAAAAUGGUCACAUGCGCAAAGGCAAUGGCAGCACCACCAUUGGCAGUGAAUACACUCGGUAAUCCAUACCUUGGAGUAUCCCCUACGCCGCUUCGCAUGCUUCUCACCCUGUUGAGCCCUUUCGAAGUUGCUUACCUGCAGCGCAGUGUCUCUCGGCUCUUCGACAAGAUUGAACUCGCCUUCUCAGCAGCUGGUCCUCCAAUCUCAGUUGCUGAGGAGGCGGCCAUGGAACUGGAAGGCAUAGUUCAAGCGGCCGCUAAUGAGCUCACCUAUGCGGCCGUGCAAUAUGACCUUCUCUGCAAAGUUAGCUCAAGACUUCGCUAG